AUGCAGGAAAAUGGUGAGAUUUAUAUAAAGGUUGGUGCAUGCGGAUCGACCGCUGGACUUAGUAAUGUUCAGGACUGGGAUGAUGGCGUCCAUCUUGCCAUUCGUCAUAUUUACGUUUGCUACACUGAGAAUUCUGUCAACUGUAUCCAAGUUGCUUAUUUUGAUCCCAGUAAGGGUACAGUUCUUUCACCCAAGCAUGGAAACACUCUCUCCACUGACUUCUUCGAAGAAAUUAAUAUAUCUCCUCAUGAUCCGAUUAUUUCAGUUGGUGGCUCUUAUACUGAGGCUGAUGGCUACAAUAUAAACAAAACAAAACAGCGGUUAACGUCUCUAAAAUUUGAGACAGUCAGCGGGCCAACUUAUGGACCAUAUGGAAUGAAAGCUUCCGAUCGCAAAAAUAAUUCUUCUUAUCACAGCAUAAAUAAUUCAUUUUGCUUUACGACUAGUAGUGGCGUGAGGGGCUUCCAUGGAAGCGCAAAUGAUUCCAGCCUUUGUUCCAUUGGCAUUUAUGCUCAAUCACAAGCAUCUUCAGUCUCAUCUGUUCGCUACAUUUUACAUGCAAAGGAAGCAACAAUAUUCUUUCUCAUCUGUUCGCCAAUGACUUCGGAAAAGAGUAAGAUUUAUGUAAAGGUAGGUGCGUGCGGAUCAAGCACAGGAAAUGGUGUUCAGAACUGGGAUGAUGGCUUCCAUCUUGCCAUUCGUCAUAUUUACGUUUGCUACUCCGAGAAUUCUGUCAACUCCAUCCAAGUUGCAUAUUUAGAUCCCAGCAACAGUACAGUUCUUUCACCCAUGCAUGGAAGCAGCGUCUUCACUGACUUUUUUGAUGAGAUUAAUAUAUCUGCUGAUGAUCUGAUUAUUUCAGUUGGUGGCUGUUAUUCUACUGAGCACUGUGGAUACAAUCCAAAACAAUUGUUAACGUCUCUCAAAUUUGUAACAGCCAGCGGGAAAACUUAUGGGCCAUAUGGAAUUAAUGGUCCCGAUCGCAAAGAUAAUCCGUAUAAUCCGCCAAAAAAUAAGCCAUUUUCCUUUAAGACGACUAGCGGCGUGAGGGGCUUCCAUGGAAGUACAAAUAGUUCCAGCCUUUCUUCCAUUGGCAUUUAUGUUGAAUAA